AAGCCGAGAGAUUUGAUCUGAAGUUGCUGCAUCGAUCACGCGUACCAUUGCGUUUGGAAAAUUGCAUUGGAGUUUUCGUCAUGGUCGCGACGUCGAGCGUCGAAUUUGUCAUAAGCGAUGUGUACGAUGUCGAGAGCGGGACAAUGCGGCCGUUAACUCCCUCGCGAUCUCGAUGGCCGCGAUCAACAUCAUUAACACCGAAAUAUCGCUCGCUCUCGGCUCGGCUCAGUUGCACCAUCGCGUUGAUUAGCGCUAGUCCUGGUUACUUCAGUUCCCCUCCCCUCCGUCGCUCGGGCCGUAUUGGGGAGGGAAACCGGUACAACUUCGAAUAAGAUAUAAAUACAAUCUGUGCCAUCAUUCCGUCUGACGAGUCACACUCGUCACACUGUAAUAUCCACAUUGUAAAUGUGUGCAUUAGCGUCGUGACAAGCAUGCACACACACACAACGCACACGCGCGCGCGCGCGUGCAUAUACACGCAACGUACACCAUCGAGCGAAAAGUAGGUUCUGCGGGAAGAUAGCGUAUAGAAGACUCAUGAGGAUGAACAAGCGCUAACAUGUGCGAAUCACGACCGGGCAUCCGUCGUCAAUUUACGAUCGCAACGCACACAAUUGAAAUGGAAGUACAUAUAGACAUAUAUAAGGCGGAUCAUCGAUCUACGGAACAUAAGCGAGUACAAUGACCCGGCAUGAAGUUGCGUUUCGCAAUGAAGGAUGUACACUCUGGCAUUGCGAAAGUCGUUUUCCCGCGAACACAAUCGCGAUCAAGCAGCGCGACAUGAAGUCAAUGCAGCUGCGCGUGUAACAUCCACUUCGAUUUAAUAGACGGCUUUCCUUAUGUGUAAUGGAUGUUCCUCUACCUGUGUUGCCAAUUUAUAAUCUACAGAGUCACCGAGUAUAAUGGCAAUUUAAACGACGUUUCAGAUAUAGAGAAUGCAGAUUGAAAACAGAGAUACUAUUCACUUUCGAAUGCUAAGGAAUUCAUUUCUACGACCAUGAAUAUAUAACACUGGAGAUCAUAGCGGGAAUAAAAAUAUGCCGUUUCGCGUUCGUGGGUGCAAGGACGAUGAGGCAGUACGCAUUUAUACGAUCGUUUUAUGAUCAAAUAAGGUCGAGGUUUUAGCAGGACCAAGAAUUGAAGCCAAUCAAUUUGUUAAUAGUAUCUCCUGCAACAAUGAAAAUGCAAAGAAAUGACUUAUAAGUACAUCUAGUUUCUUCAUAAAAACAUGAAGAUUGAUUUAAUGAGUUUCGUGGUCAACGCGAAGUUAAAUUUUACGCAGCUAUUAAAUUUCAUAGAAAUACAACGAGGGAGACCAAAAUAAGCAAUACAUGUUGCAAUAGACUUGCUAUCACUAUCAUUUCUAUGCCAGUGCCAGUGCGACAUAAAUUAGAUAUUAAAUUACAGUGUAUAAUUACAAAUGUUACGCGGAGGGGGAUCGAAUCAACAUGCGCGAGAGAAGGCGCCGCGGUUCGGGAGAACAGAACACGACCGCGCCGUCUCGCGCUGUUCGAGUACGAGGAGGGUUCGCGGUAGUCGUGGUAGGGACAAUAACGACAUCGUGUCGCGCUUUGCUAUCGCGCGGAGAAUCACGGGCAAAUCAAACAUGGCGAUUCAGUCGCUGUUUACGGUGCAAGCAUACGGUUUCUAGUGGUGUGGCAGCGGGUACUGUUGCACGGAGGAGACUUUCGGACGGUGAUAUACGAUUGUGCCAUCGCGCAUUGACAGAUUUCGGUAGAUAUUGUGAUCAUGGACGCGCCUGAGGCAGAAACAACGACGGAGAAAGUGUUGGGCGGCGUCGAUAGAGGCAUACGCGACGCGAAGGGCGUAAAAGUGGAGUCGACGCCUGCGGCGUCAUCACGCCCAGGCGUCGAGCAAGUGCCUCGACCUACCGGCGAGAAUACGAAACGGGAGCAGAAUGUUGAUCAUUCGAACGGGAAGAACUGUCGAGUAUCACUUAUACAGUUCUGUGGAAGAUUGAAAAGUGGUAGUGGCAGUGGUGAUCAGGACAGUGGUCAUCAUGAUGAUGGAACAGAUAUUACGGCAAAGAAAAGAAAAACUCGUAGGGGCAAACCCAAGCAUAGGAAAUUGAAACCCUAUUCGAAACAAUUGUCUUAUCAGCAACAAUUGCGGAGUAGGUCAAUUGGUAGAAAUGCGAAAACUGGUAGGCAGCCACCAGCUCCAUAUAAUACCACGCAGUUUCUUAUGGCUGAUCAUGGCGAUCUGCCUGAUCUCGAACAAAAACUAUCUGAAGCUGCAUCGUUGGAUGUACCUACUAUGUUUACGAAACCACCAGCGCCAACGCGUACUCGGGAUUCCAGUUUCAGCGUUGAUUCGGAUGAAGAUUACUUUUACUCAUCGCCAGAAGAUGAAGAGGAAUUUUUAACGAAGGAAUUCUCGACUGCAUACGAAGCUCUUCACGAAGAAAGGUUGAACACUUUGACGAAAACAGAUUUAAUUCAGGAAUACAAACAUUUAGAAGCCAAAAUGGAUUCGUUGACAAAAAGAUUACGUAAUAAGAGCAUUCAUCAAAUGGAAGAAAGGGAUCCGGAAGGCAAAAACGUCUCCAAUUCAGAAACGGCAGAAAUAGCAAAGAAAUUGAAAUUGUACCAACAACGGAUCGAUGAUUUGAUACAACAAAAUGAACAGCUGAGGCGGGAGAACGAAAUGUUACGUAGUGAAAAGAGAUUGCACGCUAGCAGCUCUGAGUCCAGUGUCGACAGUGAAAGCGACAGCGAUAGUUCUAGUAAUAGCAACCAAAGUGGAUGUAGUUGCUCUCUCUCAAGCCCAGAGACGUCCCCUAAGCAUACUUACAAAUUUAGAUUAGAUAAUAGUGUAAGAACAGAUAGCAAAAGCGACAGCUGCGAUACUAGCCCAAGUGCAAGCCCAAGAACAUCAUCUAUAACACCUACUAAUUUUUCUAAUGGUCACACGAUCAUUAAUGAAACAGAUAUUUUGCUUAAUAAUGAGGACUGGACCAAACUGUUUUUAUUUAUAUUUAAACCAAUUAACACAAAAUGGGGAUCAACGGACGGACAUCAUAGUACUAGAAGCAGAAAAUUUAUAUGGGAGCGCCAAAUGUUGCAUCUAAUUACGAGCAGUCAUUGAUGCACGGAAAUAUCAAGAAGUGGCAUCGUAGACCAUAGAGGUGAGAUUUGCUUACAAUCUGUUUUUUGGUAUCGGAUUCAACAUUCCAGGUUUG